AUGAAUAGUAGUAAGAACAAAUACAUUCCUAGCUAUGCAGACAAGUUUAUGCAAGGAAAUCCAGAAGGAAAAAUACAUUGGUCGUCAGUUAGUUACACCUCUAAUCCAGCUUACUUCUCGGAUUAUAGUGUUAACAUAUUUAACGACACAGAUGGUGAAACAAAAUGUAAUGCGACUUUUACUCAAUUAGAGGACAUGGAAAAGCUUAUAAUAACAAUUGUAAUUAAACAAAACUCCAAGAAAGGCAUGAAAGAUUUUGAUCGUGAAUUAUUAAGAAUUAAUGCAGAUACUUGCAAACUAUCCCAAGGCACAUUCAAAAAUUAUGUUGUACGCAACAUUUAUAGAGAAGUUAGAGAGUUUUCCAACAUAAAAUAUUCAUGUCCUCAGCCAAAAGGUACAUUCUAUAUCAGAGAACUUAUAUUGCCUGGAGCUAUACCAUUUUUGGAUAAAUUUCUAUUGAAUUCUUUUAAUGGGUACUUUGAAUUUACUAUUUAUGUUCGAGCAAAACCAUUCAAAAAGAAAUUAGCCGAUGGUUUAUGUAUGAAAGCUUUUGGAGUUUAUACAAAUGAAGGAAAAGCUUGA